AUGAGAGAGGAGGAGGAGGGGAAGGUGAGAGAGGAGGAGGAAGCAGGAGAGGAGGACGCUAUCACUCCUGAUAGCACCAAGGAAGAAAAAUGCCAGGAAAACGCGGAGAUGGACGAACGAGUGGAACGGAGAAGGCGAAAGCAACGCAGCUCACAGACUAAAAAGACGAGUCAGCUCCUUCUCGCUCUCUCGCUCUCUCUCGCUCUCUCUCAUCUCUCUCUCUCUCUCUCUCUCUCUCUCUCUCUCUCUCUCUCUCUUUUUGCGUUUCAAGGACUUUAUCUCUCUCUCUCUCUCUCUCUCUGCAGCCAGCAGCUGAUUGACUCUCUCUCUCUCUCUCUCUCUCUCUCUCUCUCUCUCUCUCUCUCUCUCUCUCUCUCUCUCUCUCUCUAUACCUUUCUCUCUACCUGUUACCCUUCUCUUUUCUAA